AUGGGUUCCUUAGGCCAAGUCGUGCUCGAUCAAUGCAUUAUUCAUGGAUUUGGCUACCUUGGUUCAAGAAUCACCGGAGUGAUCGAAGGUACUCGUCGGGUCCAGAAGACGUGGAAAUCGGUCGACGAGGUGCCAUUCCGCAUUGUUGCCAUCGUUGAGCGAGACCCUGGACGGCUGCAGAUGGCGCAGACGAGCCAUCCAGAUAUACCUUGCUUUGCAGACAUUGAGGAAGCAUUGGAGGUCUUUGCCGGCCCUACCACCUUCAUCAAAGACUUCACCUCACCCAUUGGCCGGGCAAGACUGCUGGCCGCAGCCCGACGUGUAGGCGUCCCAGUAUUAUUGGAAAAGCCUCUUUCCUCUCCGGGCGUCGAGGUGUCGCUCGCUGGUCGGGAGAGCGAAGCUUCGGUGAGCAUGUCAGAGGCAUUCAACCCUGUGGUCCGGGCAUUGGCGAACAAACUGGCAGCCGACGCAUCGGAAAUCCGCUCGUUCUCCUUCGUUCGCGUCAAUUCAGUCUCCCUCGAGCGUUUGAGGAACCCGAAUGCCCGACGUGAUAUCAUUGGAGGGGCAUUCGUCGACAAGCUGUCUCACGAUCUGCAUCUGUUGAUCUCUGGUGCGAUACUCGGACCCACUGAUGUAGAGUUCGGCACGCCACAGAUCCAGGAGAUUGCGUACGAUCUCCUCGCUAAAAACGACGGCACGCGGGGACUGUCCUUCUCCUCGCUCGAUGGGGUGCCACUUCCACCGAAGGAGGCUGCAGCACCAAACUCCGAUGCCUCCGAGAUGAUGGUCGACUUCACGAUGCCAAUGCAGUUGGAUGGACGAUCAGUCCCGACGCGUUGGAUCGCGAGUUGGUGUGGGGUGCCCGAUAAUUUAGCUUCGCGGCUCGGCAUUCCAGACGCGUAUGUGGAGGCAGCACGGGUAAUUUCUGCCGGCGAUCCCAAUGCAGUUGGUCGUGCGGCAUACCCCCGUUCGAACCUGAAACUCCUUGUCUGCGAAUACGUCAACUCGGCGGGCGAGGAAGCUCAGUUGAUUUGCAAUCUCCAGGCGCGCGGCGCCGUCACUGCCUGGCUGAUUGAACUCCGCAAUGGCGCAGAGUACCGGCUUCCAGUUAAGUAUUGCGUAUCGAUUGUCGAGUCGAUGAACUCCUUUUCGCAAUAUUUCCGCACGGGCGGAUAUCUUGACUUGGAGGGGAUUGAAAAGGCAGAUCGUGCAGCUCUGGAGAUCCGGUCUAGGUUCCCCCACCCGCUGAAGGAUGAAUUGCGCAUCGAACGAUCCCUGGCGAUUUUGGAUCGUAAUCACGGGGGGAGAUUUGAAUAUGGAGAGAGCCAGUGCAGUUGCAUCAAGGGUCCAUACGAAUUUUGA